AUGAACAAAGAUUGCGACAUGGUAUAUAAGAACAUCUCUGACAUAUAUAAAUCUGAGGAGUUUAAGACUUACGAUAACUUUGUUUCAUUAGUUGCUGAAUGUGUAUGGCAGAUAAGAGAUAAAGAUAAAAGAUGUAAAAUAUGGAAUGGACAAAUAAAACCAACAACUUUUGAGUUAAAGAAAACCAUUGACGCCUUAGUUGUUCUAGCAGGUCAAAUUUCAAUGUAUAACGCAAAAAUGAAUCCGCAAUGUUCAAAAUGUAAAGCAGCAAUGAGGAAAUAUAACUACUCCGUCAAAGAGAUAGAACGUAUGAGAAACGACUAUGCUGACUUAAAGAAAGAAGUAGAGAAACCAGCAGAAGAUAAAAUGGACAUGUUAGCAUUUCUGAACAAAAACUAUCCAACAGCUGACGAUUUCCUUCUAUCUGAUGUCAAGAAGAAAUAUAAAGAAACCUUCGGCAUUGUUAAAACUUUUGACAUACUGACAGAAGAAAUAGAAGCUACGAAAUUGUUUAGAAUUUCAAAUAUACAUCGUACAAUUCAUGUAAAACGCUUAUAA